GUUCAAAACUGAAACAUUAGUGCAAUUCUUUGGAGGUGCUUUAAAUCAUAGGCCCUCUUUUGAGGUGUUGUGUAAUGGACCAGGAACAUGUGUUCCUAUCGUUGUAUCGGCCCUUCUCCUUGGGAUACUAGGAAUAAAGAAGGUGAUCAUUGUCUACGUUGAAAGCAUCUGCCGCGUGGAAACUUUAUCCUUGUCCGGAAAGAUUCUGUUUCAUCUCUCAGAUUACUUUAUUGUUCAGUGGCCAGCUCUUAAGGAGAAGUACCCUAAAUCUGUGUACCUCGGGAGAAUUGUUUAACAUUGACAAAUUACUUCUUUAUAAUUUUGUAUACUUCUGUAUAAUAUUUACUAUAAUUGAAAAAAAAAAAAAAACCUUUGUGUUUAUUGUAAAGACUUCUGAAAGUCCUGAGAAUUAUUGAUGACCAGGAGUAAAAAAUGUGCAAAUAACUCAGUGGAGAAACCGAGUCUUCUGUUAUAAAUUAAACAUUAAUAAUAAUAACCAUUAAGUAUUUAUGCCUCAGUACACCAAAUUUAUUUUCUAGAUGAAAGUGUAAAUAUCACUAUGUGUAAGUUAUCUUCUGACUGUCUUAGUAGUAUUUUUUUCUUAGAACUAAAUAUAGAGUUUGUAUAAUUA